AGCCGAGCCGAGCCGAGCCGGCCAUGGCCGCGGCGGGCGGGGCGGGCCGGGCGCUGCCCCAGGCCCUGCUCUGCGCUGUCUGCCUGCUCUGCGCCCGCCCCGCCCCCCAGGUGGCAGGGGGCCCGGCGGCCGGGUUUCUGCUGCAGGCACUGGCGGCAGCGAGCGACGCGCUGGAGCCCGUCUGGCCCGGGGGGGGCCCUGACCCCCUGCCCGGCACCUGGGUCUCAGCCAUGCUGGGCCAACCGCUGGUGGCCUUCGGCCUGCACCGCCUCAGCGGCGACCGGGCCACUGCCAACCUGCUGCUGGGGGGGGCCGUGGCCCUGGCCCCCGCUGCUGCGCAGCUCCCGGAGGAGGCUCGGCUACUGGCCGCCCGCGCCGUCACUGUCCUCACCGCCGCCACCGUCCUUAUCCUCGCUGCCCUCACUGCCAACGGCCCCGCGGCGCUGGGCAGCCUGCUCAUGGCUGCUGCCCACCUGCUGCCACCCGGCACCGGCCAUGGCGGGCACCCCUGGGUGCUGGCAGCCGGGAACCUGGCACUGCGGCGAGCCCUGCGUGCUGCCAGCCACCACCCACCGCAGUAAAGCCACGUGGGGUGGCCAUUGCCUUCA